GGAUUCAAACCAAACAAAACAGUUUGGAUCUCAAAUUUUUAACAGUUUAUUAGGAUAUACUCUCUGUAUAAAACAUGUUCGUCAACUCUCUAACACAAGUAAUCUCUUGUCUUUCUUUGAACGGAAACAGUGCAGAGGUUGCAGCUCCUUACGUCAAUGAUCAUGUCACCUACAUUCCUAAAGGGCAUGCGGAUCACUGCUCAGCUUCCUUGGAAGUGUUAUCUGCCCUUGAGUAUAUGGCUCCCAUGCACUGUCGUGUUAAUGAUGUCGGACUGAUGGCUGAUCCGAUGACAGAUGAGGUAUUUGCAAAAGUUGAGAUUACGCAGUUAUUUGGGGAAAAUCGUGAUACUCUACCUAAGCCACCAAGGCCAUAUAUGCAGCAUAUGAUAUAUCCUUUAGCCAAGCCAAUCCAUGAACAUGCGGAUCUUCAACAACUCUCGCUCACUCGGAGCUUUUUAGGAAUGUGCUCUGCCUCUGACCAGUUUACCACAUUUAAGGUGAUAGAUUUUGCUGAGAAAAACUGGACGUUCAAGCUCAUGUUCAGAUCCGAGCAUCAAGAUUACUUAAUGACUGAUGAUUGGGCUUCUUUUGUGAGAGAAAAAUCGGUUCAAGUUGGUGAUGUCGUGGUGUUCUUGAUAGACCUCAUCUCGGAUAAGACACGUUUUACUAUUAGGAGAGGCUCGGUGAGUGUGGGAAGAAGGCACUAUCUUAACCUUGAAGCCUUUAGCAAAGCAGUUGGAAGUUUAAGUUAGGCUGUCAAAACCUCCAUUACAUAUUACCCGGGAUAUGUUAACUCAGAUUUUUUGGUACCGGCACAUGCAUUUCAGCAAAGUCUUUGAUUAGCCUGGGCAAGUGGUAUAAGGGUUACUAAAUGUAUAGAUAAUAUAGAACUUCAAGGCAC